UCGAAUAAUGGUGUGAAAGAGGAUGGUUGGUGUUCCCAUUGUGCUCCAUAUAUAUCACAUUAUACUAAAUAUGUGUAAUAAUUUAUUAUGAUGCAUUUGGCCACUUGUGCUUGGGAGAAGAAGUGUUACUACUACUACCACCCCCUGCUGUCGUCCCUCGGUGCUGUGAACAGUGUUGUGUUGCAGCUAGUCCACAGUCCACUGAGGCGGAACAACAAGGAAGUACCUGUGUCAUCAGACUACUGCGAGGAUGGCGCUUCGGACAGUCGGGAGAAGUCUGUUGUACUUUCAGAGGAACAGUUUCAAGGCUGUCUCCAUCCAAACACCUGGAUUCGUCAGAUUCAAAAGAACCUGUCCAGUUGAAGUGAGCCGUCUGGAUCAUCUGGUUCUGACCGUGAAAAGUGUGCCAGACACCAUCAACUUUUAUACCUCAGUCCUUGGCAUGGAGGUCAUCACUUUCAAGGGAAACCGUAAGGCCCUGGGUUUUGGGCAGCAGAAGUUUAACCUUCACCAGCUGGGACAGGAGUUUGAGCCCAAAGCCGAGCAUCCAACCUCAGGCUCUGCAGAUCUGUGCCUCAUCACCAAAACCUCCCUGGCUACAGUAGCUGCACAUCUGAAGGAUUGUGGGGUUGAGAUCGAGGAGGGUCCAGUGGAACGGAGCGGAGCUGUGGGGCCCAUCACCUCUCUUUACUUCAGAGAUCCAGACCACAAUCUCAUUGAAGUGUCAAACUAUAAUGAGUCAACAUUAGAGGGAUCUUCUUGAGACUUCUUUUGCCUUGUUUGUGAAUGCACCCAACUCUGUCUGCUCGGCCCAAUUUGUACAGUUGGAGUUUUUUCAGCUAUGAAGUUUUGGACCAACAUUACUGUAAUUCAACAACACAUGCACUAUUUUCAGACUUGAUAACAUCAGUUGGCUGUGCAGAGGCUCUGUUCCUGUGUAGUUCUCCUGACCAGUGGUUGCUAUUUUAAGUAUGCACAGAAAAGGCUGUUUUGGCACUCUUAAUUUGGAAUAAAAAGUGAAAAAUACAACA